AUGGCCAUGAUCUAUCGGAUGACCCUCUUUGUUGUGUACACCUCAAGUACCUCUGUUGAGAAGGCAUCUACCAGGCAUACUUGUCCAACUCAUGUCAUGGACUCGAGAAAGACACCAGGCACAACCGCCGAGUUAGCAUGUCAACGCUCUCGACGGCUCCAAUUUCCCAAGACUCAGCCCCGCGACGAGCCGACCGAGCUGGCAGCACACACUCCGACGAAGCCUAUCACGUUCAUAUUCAGAAGUUUUACGACGAUACCAUGCCAUCACGCGAGUUGGGCCCGACCAGGUGUCCAAUAUCGACAUACACACGAACUGUUCUGCAAGACGGAGGGCGUGAAUAGUUCUGGUGCAGCCACCAAGUUGGCCAUCAUGCUUUCACUCAGCAAGCCAGUGCGGCUUCAAGUCAUGUACUGA